ACAAACGCGCGUGGAUUAUCUUAACUUGUUCAACUUUGUUGACACACAUUUCCUCGAAGAAGACGAAGGAGAGGCGUAGACUUCAGACACAACUGUAACUUCAACAUCUUUAUCGAUCACGAGCAGACACACACACACAGACUCUGUUCAAGAACAUCUGAUUUAGGAGUAACUAGCAAUGGAAUCAGAACUGAUACUUCACGAAGGAGGAUGCCACUGUGGGAAGAUCAAAUGGAGAGUAAAAGCACCAAUAAGAGUGGUGGCGUGGAGCUGCAACUGCACAGACUGUUCAAUGAGAGGCAACGUUCAUUUCAUUGUUCCUUCAAGCGACUUUGAGCUUCUCGACGAUUCCAAAGAUUUCAUCACCACUUACACUUUCGGGACUCACACGGCCAAGCACACCUUCUGCAAGAUCUGUGGGAUCACAUCGUUUUAUACACCCAGGUCUAACCCCGAUGGAGUUGCAGUCACGGUUAAGUGUGUUAAGCCGGGGACACUGGACCACGUAGAGGUUAGAAGCUAUGAUGGUCUGAAUUGGGAGAAGUCGCAUAAAGAGACCGGUAUUGCCUCGUUUUCCAAAGACUCGAGCUAAAUUCAACUCAGGAUUGUAAUGACCAGUGACCAAGGGAGAAGGAAUCUUCAAGCAAUCAUAAAAAUCUCAUAUGUUGGAAGGAGAGGGAGAAACUAUUUGGUAAAAUAAAAGCUUUUUCUUUUGCUUAAACGCUUUCAAUAAUAAUAAAGCUCUCGAUUUUGAGUCUCGAGUGUUGUUCAGAUGUAUAACCUGCAGUUACCUAUGUUCAUAAUAUCCAUGUGACUUGUUUGGGCCAAA